AUGUCCUUCAACAAAGCCAACUUCGCAGUCAGAAAAUGGAAUGCGAGACACGAUUCUUUACUUUGCAGCCCUGCAGCCAGCGAUGCACCCUGUUAUGGGAAACUACGAGAGGCGGAAUGGAGACACGCGAGAUCCAGACACAGGAUUAAAAGGAAAGCGGUUGGAGAGGACAACGAAACGGGAGACCCAGAUGCUCUGUCGGUCGGUGAUUGCGCCGGAGAGUCGCGAGGGAGCCAUUGGUGCGGCGUCGGAGGCGCUGCGGGACUCAGCAGCGCCGGGCAAGAUCUCAAGUUGCGAAGACAUGGCCGAGAACGCUGUAGGUGCGACAGAAUUACCAAGCCAUCACCUACACGAACCACAGAAACCCUUUCGGAUGGCGCCAGCCACCUGCGACUGGGAAAUGCGCCCCUGGAAGCGCCGUCCUUUACCCCCCGGACCAACGCCAGCCUGGAAGAGGAUCUGCGGCAGCAAAUACAGGAGCUAAGAGAUGAGUUUCGCCGAUUGUACGGCUUCGUGGUGGAUGGCGCUGUGGGCAGCGGGAAUGCGUCCACGGCGCUCAACAGCUGUGGGAAGGCCGAAACCCAAGCACGGGCCCCCGGGCCCAGCACCCGCCUCCCGGCUGCCCCCCAGCCAGCCGUUGGCGCACACCCUCCUGCCCCCGCCCCCGCUUCGCGCCGGUCCAGCUCCCCCGCCCACCGCCGGGCGGUCGAAUUCCCGAUCGGCGGUCAGGCCCUGGCGCCGGCGGCGGACCCCUCACAUUUCUCGCCGCGGGGAUCGAUUCCAGGCCGAUCCCGCGAUCGGCUCUGCGAGUCUCCCAGCGGCGAGCCCUGGGAUCGUCAGCUCAUUGGUGGGCCGCCGCCUGUAGAAGAGGAGUGCGAGAGCCCGGUCCCCUCGGCGGGGGAUGUGAUGGAUGCGAGUGUGGAUCCGUUCGCCACGAAUGACGGGGCGGGGCCUUUGGAGGGGGGCGGGGAGGCGGAGGAGGCGCGGCAGGCCAACGAGACGCUUCUGACGCUGCUGGACAGGGAGAGGAGGAACUCAGAGGGACUUCGGGAGCGGCUGAAGCGCGCGGAGAUGGACGCCCUGGAGGUGGCCACCAAGUACGAGGUGGAGCUCGAUAAUUCCAAAAUGAACCAGCUGGCGCUGAAGACCCGGUGCGUGCAGCUCCAGAGUGAAAGCACGUUCUCAGAGGUUUUUGAAAAAUAUGAGCGCGAGGUGGAGAAACUUCAACAGGAAAUUCAGAGGCUCGAUGAAGAGAACUUUUGCCUUGCCCGGAAACUCGCUGACUCGGAGGUCUCAAAACAACGUCCAAGUGCGUAG